AAAUUUGGAGACCAUUCUGUGGAACAGAUUGAGCACAUGCGCUACAAACACAGGAUCCGUGUGCUCCAGAGUCAUGAAGAAACCACUAAACAGAAUGUGCUCAGGGUGGUAAUUCCAGAUGUUUCUAUUGUUCCAGAAGAUUUGGAAGAACUAUAUGACUUAUUUAAGAAAGAGCAUUUAAUAAGCUGUUACUGGGAGUGGAAUAGUGAAGUUGUAAUUCAGCGUCAUGAUCCAAGUAGACCCUAUGCUGAGCAAUAUAGAAUUGAUUCUCAGCAAUUUACUAACCUUUUUAAACUUGUUUCACCUUGGAUGUGUGGUGAACACACUCAGGUUCUAGCAGAAAGAACAUUCCGGCUUUUAGAUGAAAACAUGGACCAUCUGAUUGAAUUCAAAGCAUUUAUUAACUGCUUAGAUACUAUGUACAAUGGAGAAAUGAAUGAAAAAAUUAAACUGUUGUACAGAUUACAUAUUCCUCCUGCCCUCACAGAAAAUGAAAAAGACAGUCAGUCACCACUAAAGAAUUCUUUGUUAUCAACAUCAAGGCCACUAGUAAUAGGAAAAUCAAACAAUGAUGGCAUAGAUUAUCAGAAGCAGUUGAAACAAAUGCUGAAGGAUUUAGCCAAAGAAAAAGAUACCAAGGCUGAAAAAGAACUACCUAAAAUGAGCCAGCGAGAAUUUAUCCAAUUUUGUAAGACCUUGUAUAGCAUGUUCCAUGAAGAUCCAGAAGAAAAUGAGUUGUAUCAAGCUAUUGCUACGGUGACUACAUUGUUACUUCAGAUUGGAGAAGUUGGCCAAAGAAGCAGCAGCUCAGGCUCAGAUGAUUUCAGUGAUGAUUUCCUAAUGGAGGCAUCGACUUCAGAGCAGGAUCAAGUUUUUACAGACAUUGUGAAAAUCUCAAAGAAUGUGCCCUCACCUCUAACAGGAGACUGGAUUGUUUCUUUUGAGCAAAUCUUGGCUUCCCUAUUAACUGAACAAUCCCUGGUCAAUUUCUUUGAGAAAUCCUUAGAAUUGAAACCAAAACUAGAGACUGCAAAGCUGACCCAGUGUAACUCUAAAUUAAGUGGUGCAAGCCAGCCAUCACGAGGUGAAAUUGAGCAGCUAAACGUACAAUAGCAACCAACGGUUAUGUACUACCAAAAUGCAUACUGUAAUUUUAGAGCUUUUGGACCAACACAAUUAUUUAAUACUUUGGGGAGCUUUAAAGCCAAAACACUACCUAAAAUGUGGUUUUGGAGUAAGAAGACCAUCUGUUUUCUUUUUGAAUGUAAUUUAAAACUCCAUCUUCACUUUGAAAAAGAUGCAGAGCUAUUUAAGCAAUUCUACCAAAAAGUAAAAAUAAAGUAACUCCCAGUUGAUAAUUUUGGCCAACUACAGGUUUUAUGAAUUGUUACCUUUUUGCACUAAUGCUUGUUUCAAUGCUGGUAAUUGAAACUAUUAAUAUAUUUGAAUCAAACUUUGUAUGUCUUGCUUUCAAUGUUCCGUGUACAUGAACUAUGAUUCUCAUUUUUCUGUGUGUGCACUUUUCAAUAAAAGAUUUUUGUAUCUGUUGCUUU